GGGAGCGAGGCCGAUCCCGCCCUGCCGGGGUUGGCUUAACGCGGGGGUGUCCACGAACCCGAGACCUUGAACCAAAGCGGAACGCUCUGAAAAGUGAAAGUAGUCAUUUUAGAGCGAGGCGUAGGACACUCCUUUAAGACUAGCUAUGGGACGCCUUCUAUUUGUCCAGUGCCAGGGAUAAAAUAUGAUUGAGGCCCUUUCUUGCCUUCAGGGAACCUGGUAGUCGGAGACACAUUGGUAAACUUUUGCGCUACAGUGCUGUAAACGCAGUAGUGGAAUGAAUAAAUGCAGUAGCUGGAAAGUCAUGAAAGAGAAAUCUCAAUUGAUGCAGCAAAGAAGAUGAAUAGACUGAAGGUGUGAAAUAGGUUUAGGAAAGGUAGAUAAAUACACAGACAUGCGAUAGAAUAUUAAGCAGAAGUUCAGGCGUGCCUUCUGCCAGCUGCUCCUUCUCUGCUCCAUUUAGAGUAUCUUCCCCUUGUAAAAGCGGAGCCCCUCAACCCCUGGACUUCCAAGUCGGUCUCCCCAGACUAGGCCCCCCCCCCAUCAUGGAAUUAAAUAGUUCUCCUCCUCCAGUCUAGUACAAGCCUCUUUCUCACGAGUACUUGCACCUACCUUAACCUUUGUAUCUUUUUGACUUCCCAUGUUUCUCAUCUAUACCGUAUGUUUUGGGAGGCCGACCUCGGCCAGCAAUGUACCCUCUUAUGUCUUCAGUUUCUUCAUCUGAAAAGUAGGGAGAGUAGUCCCCACCAUACAGAAUUGUUGUUGAGCACACUGUCACAUCCAAGCCACCAGUAAUUGGUUUUACCUCCAAAAUAUGUCUUGACUUUGCUGCUUUGCCACCACCCUGAUCUAAGCUGCUGUCAUCUCCUGCUUGGACCACCACCCUCAGUCCUCUGGGAGGGAGUGUGAAGAUGCUUAAAGAGCGUCCAGGGAUGGCGGAAGAGCCUCAGCAGCAGAUGGGUGUUCCUGUGGUAAAACUGGAGAAGGAGUUGCCAUGGGGCAGGGGAAGGGAGGACCCUAGUCCUGAGACUUUCCGUCUGAGGUUUCGGCAGUUCCGCUACCAGGAGGCAGCUGGUCCCCAGGAAGCCCUCAGGGAACUCCAGGAGCUCUGUCGUCGGUGGCUGAGGCCCGAGCUGCACACCAAGGAGCAGAUCCUGGAGCUGCUGGUGCUGGAGCAGUUCCUGACCAUCCUGCCCCGCGAGUUCUACGCCUGGAUUCGGGAGCAUGGCCUGGAGAGUGGCAAAGCCCUGGUGGCCCUGGUGGAGGAUUUCACAGAGAGAGCGUUGGAGGCCAAGGCGGUUGCAUGCCACGUGCAAGGAGAACAAGAGGAGACAGCACUCUGCAGAGGCCCUUGGGAAACAGGUGUCCACCUGGGGCCAGUGGAGGUCAAGCCCGAGUGGGGGAUGCCCCAUGGGGAAGGAGUUCAAGGCCUCAACCAAGGCACCGAGGAGCAGCUCAGUCAGGAUCCUGGAGAUGGGACACGGGCCUUCCAGGAGCAGGCUUUCCCAAUUCUUCAGUCUGGUCCUGGCCUUCCCACAGUGAACACCAGAGACCAAGAGAUGGCAGCUGGGUUCCUUACAGCUGGAUCCCAGGGGUUGGGGCCAUUUAAGGAUAUGGCCCUGGCCUUUCCCGAGGAGGAGUGGAGGCACGUGACCCCAGCCCAGAUAGACUGCUUUGGGGAAUACGUGGAACCUCAGGACUGUGGGGUCUCACCUCCAGGCAUUGGGAGCAAGGAAAAGGAGGAAAAAACCCAGCAGGCAGACCUCAAGGGGGUGCUUGCUCGGGUGACGUCAGAGAGGUUUGGGGAAGCCGCUCUCCAGGGCCCUGAGCUUGGAAGAAUCUGUGAGCAGGAGCCCGGUAGCUCUGUGGGAAACGUGCCAGGGCCUCCUCCUCCCCAGCAUGGCGUCAUACCCCUGCCUGAUGACCUCAAGACGCACGGCUCCUUCUGGAAGCCUUUUCAGUGCCCCGAGUGUGGAAAAGGCUUCAGUCGGAGCUCAAAUCUUGUCAGACACCAGCGCACCCACGAAGAAGAGAAAUCCUAUGGCUGCGUUGAGUGUGGGAAAGGGUUCACUCUGAGAGAGUACCUCAUGAAGCACCAGAGAACCCACCUGGGAAAGAGACCCUAUGUGUGCAGCGAGUGUUGGAAGACCUUCAGUCAGAGGCACCACCUCGAGGUCCACCAGAGGAGUCACACGGGGGAGAAGCCCUACAAAUGUGGUGAAUGCUGGAAAAGCUUCAGCCGGAGACAGCAUCUUCAGGUGCAUCGGAGAACUCACACUGGGGAAAAGCCCUACACCUGCGAGUGUGGCAAAAGCUUCAGCAGGAACGCCAACCUGGCCGUGCACCGGCGAGCCCACACCGGGGAGAAGCCGUAUGGGUGCCAGGUGUGUGGGAAACGGUUCAGUAAAGGGGAGCGGCUGGUCAGACACCAGAGGAUCCACACCGGAGAGAAGCCCUACCACUGCCCUGCCUGUGGGAGGAGCUUCAACCAGAGGUCCAUCCUUAAUCGACAUCAGAAAACUCAGCAUCGCCAGGAGGCUCUGGUGCAGUAAGGACGCCCUGCGGAAAUGCUCCUUUUUUGCUAAUGGAAGGUGUGGAGAAGGUGGGACUUUCCAGGACCCCCAAGUGGAGGGAGACUUCGUUGGAGAAUGCACUCAUCUUUACUCACUGAAGUGCUUUGGGGGCGCAUUGAGGAAUGAUGGGGUGCAGAAAGGCACUUCGACCCAUUUUCUUUCCACUCAUUCUCAAACAGGAAAAGGGCAAGGCCUGGAAUAUUCUGAGUUUCCAGAGAGCAUAGCUCCUCACGUCUCUUAUCCAAAUGGUGCUAACAAUUUUUCUUACCGUCUUUUGGGGAAACGAUAUCCCGAGUUUCAGUUCAGGUUGAGGUUUUCCUCCUCAACCUGGACGUUCAUAUCUGCCUCCUCACAAGUCUGGGAAUCAAGGCAAAGUUUGGUCCCACGUUGGCAGCUUGAACCUCAUUUUUCUGAGCGCUGUAUGCUGCCUGCAGGAUCAUUAGCUCAGACUCUAUCUCCCUUCCUCCUCCGACUCUUUUCCAUUUAACAAAUAUUUAUUGCACAUCUACUAUACGCCUGGUCUGGGAGUACACU